AAUAAUGCCAAGUCAGUCGGUCUGGCAGAACAAAGAGGAAAAACAUCUGCCAUGGCGUCUGCUUUUUUCUCUGAAGAUUUGACCUGUUCUAUUUGCCUGACUAUCUUCACUGAUCCAGUGACUCUUCUCUGCGGACACUCUUUCUGCAGACAAUGCAUUACAGAUAUAGUGAACACACAGCACCAGUGUCCACAGUGUCGGGCAGCUGUUCCAACAGAAGGGACAUGUCUUCCAACCAGCCAUAUAUUGAAAAGCCUCGCUGAAAAGGCUAAAGAAGCAGAGAAGAUGAAGAAAGAGCAUGGACAUGAGAAAGCAGAGGUGGCUGAGUUGUGCCCUGAACAUGAAGAAAAACUGAAAUUGUUCUGCAUCACAGAUCAGCAGUUAGCUUGCAUCAUAUGCCGAGAUGGAGAGAGGCAUGAAGGACACAAGUUUAAACCUAUCAAAGAAGCCGCUGCAUCUGUGAAGAAGGAGUUGGAGAUGGGUAUGGAGAACCUUUCUGAUGAUAUCUGUGCUACAGAGAGCCUAGCCAAUACACAGAGGGAAGAAAUCAGAAAAACCAAAGAGAAGUCUCAGCAGCUGACGACCCAAAUCUGCAGACAGUUUGAGGAGAUGCACCAGUUUCUGAGAAAGAGAGAAGAUGAGAUCAGGAAUGACCUGAAACGCAAAGAGGAAGAGGCUGUUGAGAAAAUGAGCCAGACAUUAGAUGCUAUGGAAACAGCUUUGUCUGAGAGCAAAGAGCUGGAGGGAAAGGUGACAUCAGUUCUGGAAAUGAAAGACCCUGAGAGCUUUUUAAAGAGCUGGACUGAGAAUAACAGCAUGAUGACUCCUGAACAUCUAUUCAGGCCCAGAGCAAAGGAGCUCCAAGUGGUGAAUACUUCUCUCUGUUUGGGCCCUUAUGAAAGUCACCUGCAGUUCUUUAUCUGGAAGGAAAUGCUUCAGGUGAUCCAGCCCCAAGCAGAAGAGCUUUCACUCAUAAGUGACAGCAAAAACAUAACUGUGUCUGACGAUGGGAGGAAUUUGAUGUAUAGUCCCGAAAUCAUCCAAUCCCGUCAAUACAGCCCACAGUAUAGACAGCAUUCAAUCUAUAGCCAGCAUAGCAUGGGGUCCAUGCCGCAAUACUAUGAAACAACUUACUCUGAGGUGACCUCAGAACGGUAUGCUUCUGCAUGCAGCACCAAUGAGUUCACCUCAGGGCAACAUUACUGGGAAAUAGAAGUUGGAAAAAGGGAAUAUUGGAAAGUAGGGGUAAAAAAUAAUUACCUGAGCUAUAAUAAACAAAAAUAUGUCACAUCUAGUCAAGACACAGAGUUAACAUUUACAGGCAGACCUCAAAAGAUUGGGAUUUACCUUGACUGCCUAUCCGAGGAGCUGUCCUUCUAUGAUGCAGAAAACAUGUCACACAUUCACACUAUGGGAAAAUGUCUUAUGUCAGAGCCAGUGGCAGCAUAUUUUGAGUACAAAUUUAGUAAGGCGGCAGAUCAUAACCCCCUAAGAGUGUGCUGGUUCUGAAGUCUGAGAUAAUGGGGCAACAGGAAAUCCUUGGGCUGUGGCAACAUUUUCAAGAUGGUGCCAUGGACGGCUGACUCAGUUCUUAGCUGUCUUGAAGCUUCCACUGUUUUUGUUCAUUUGUUCCACAAACAUCCUGGUUCCCAAGAAACCCUCCAUCACAGGACUCAAUGACUACAGGCCUGUCGCUCUGAAAUCUGUUGUCAUGAAGUCCUUUGAGAGACUGGUGCUGACCCACCUGAAGGACACCACAGGCCUCUUGCUGGACCCCCUACAGUUUGUCUUCCAUGCAAACAGGUCAGUGGAUGAUGCAGUCAAUAUGCGCUACUUCCUGCAACACCUCGACUCCCCUGGAACAUAUGCAAGGACACCAUCAUGUCAGAAGUCCUCUGGUUAAAACUCACCCAGCUCACUUUACCAUCCUCCACCUGUCAUUGGAUCACAAACUUCCUGUCAGACAGGAAGCAUCAGGUGAGGCUGAGCACCUGGACAGUCAGCACUGGCGCCCCCCCAGGGAUGUGUACUCUCCCCACUGCUCUUCUCACUCUUCACCAACGACUGCAUCUCAGGAGACCCGUCUGUUAAGUUCCUGAAAUUUACAGACGACACAACAGUCAUGGGCCUCAUCCGAGACAAU